AAGACGGCCGGAGCCGCUAUCACGACCAGGUCCUGCAAAACGAAGGUGCUUCCUUUUGCAACCUAAAACCAUUCAUGAAUGAGUGAACCUCUUCUUCACAAAGAAAGCCAUGAAUGUCAACUACAACAACAAUGACGAGCCCAGACUUCGUCCGAACAGUAGCCAACCGUUAUGCUUCUCGGUUGCAACUAUGUUGCCCGCAGACCGCCACCUCGUACUCCCUUGUCCAAACCAUCCAUGCCCACAUGAUGACUUCUGGGUUCAAGCCACGUGGCCACAUCCUCAACCGUCUUCUCGAUAUCUACUGCAAGUCGUCUGGGCUCACCUAUGCCCGCCGCCUGUUCGACGAAAUUCCUAAACCAGACAUAGUUUCAAGAACGACAAUGAUUACCGCAUAUUCUGCCUCUGGAAACUUAAAACUUGCUCGAGAGAUAUACAGUAAGACUCCUUUGAGUAUGCGAGAUAACGUUUUUUACAACGCAAUGAUCACAGGUCAUUCACAUAACAGUGAUGGUCAUGCAUCUUUUCAAUUCUUUAAUGAGAUGAGGCAUCAGGGAUUUUGGCCUGACAAUUUUACGUUCACUAGUGUUCUUGGUGCCUUGGCACUUAUUGCGGAUAAUCCAAAGCACUGCCAGCAAAUGCACUGUGCAGUGGUGAAAUCGGGAACAGGGUUUGUUACUUCGGUGUUGAAUGCACUUAUUUCUGUUUAUAUCAACAGUGCGUCUUCACCAUCUCCGUUGUCUUCAUCAUUGAUGAUUGAAGCUAGAAAGUUGUUUGAUGAGAUGCCUGAGAGAGAUGAGUUGACAUGGACAACAAUGAUAACGGGUUAUGUAAGGAAUGAUUACCUUGAUACAGCUCGUGAAUUUCUUGAUGGAAUGAGUGAAAAAUUGGGGGUUGCAUGGAAUGCAAUGAUUUCAGGUUAUGUGCGUCACGGACGUUUUCAAGAAGCAUUUGACUUGUUUAGAAAGAUGUAUGCUUUAGGAAUUGAGCAGGAUGAGUUUACAUUCACGAGUGUCAUCAGUGGCUGUGCCAAUUCUGGAUUGCUCCAGCCUGGAAGGCAGGUUCAUGCUUAUAUUUUAAGGACAGAGACAAAACCUGCAGCUGAAUUUUCUUUGCCUGUUAAUAACGCAUUAGUUACGUUAUAUUGGAGAUGUGGUGAAGUCGACAAAGCAUGGAAGAUUUUCAAUAAAAUGCCUUUUAAGGACCUUGUUUCAUGGAAUGCAAUUUUAUCAGGUUAUGUGAAUGCAGGGUGUAUUGAAGAAGCUAGUUGCUUUUUCAGGGAGAUGCCAGAGAGAGAUCUUUUGACAUGGGCUGUGAUGAUAGCAGGGUUAGCACAAAAUGGCUUGGGGGAGGAGGGUCUGAAGCUGUUCAACCAAAUGAAAUUAGAGGGUUUUGAACCAUGUGAUUAUGCAUUUGCAGGAGCAAUUACUUCAUGUUCUGUGCUUGGAGCAUUAGAGAAUGGGCGACAACUCCAUGCUCAACUUGUCCACCUUGGUUAUGAUUCGAGUCUCUCUGCAGGAAAUGCACUGAUCACAAUGUAUGCAAAAUGUGGUGUUCUUGAGGCUGCCAAUUGUUUAUUCUUUACAAUGCCUUUUGUGGAUUCAGUAUCUUGGAAUGCUAUGAUUGCAGCUUCGGGCCAGCAUGGAGAUGGUGCUAGAGCAUUAGAAUUUUUUGAGCAAAUGUUAAAGGAAGGUAUAUUUCCAGAUCGGAUAACUUUCCUCACAGUUCUAUCUGCUUGUAGCUAUGCAGGUUUAGUUGAGGAAGGGCGACAGUAUUUUGAUAUGAUGUACAGACUUUAUGGCAUUACCCCAGGUCAAGAUCAUUAUGCCCGGGUAGUUGAUUUGUUGUGUCGAGCUGGAAAGUUCUCAGAAGCAGAGGAUGUGAUUAAAUCAAUGCCUUUUGAGCCAGGUGCUCUAAUUUGGGAGGCUCUUCUUGCUGGUUGUCGUAUUCAUGGAAAUCUGAAAUUGGGAAUACAAGCUGCAGAGCGACUUUUUCAGCUGAUUCCACAACAUGAUGGAACCUAUGUACUGUUAUCAAACACGUAUGCAUCCGCUGGACGGUGGAAUGAUGUAGCUAGAGUGCGGAAAUUAAUGAGAGACCAAGGAGUGAAGAAGGAGCCUGGGUGUAGUUGGGUUGAGGUUGAGAGUAAGGUUCAUGUGUUUUUGGUUGAUGACACCAGGCAUCCUGAGGCUCGAGCUGUUUACAAAUACCUUGACGAAUUGGGACUAGCCAUGAGGAACUUAGGUUACACUCCCAACACAAAGUUUGUGUUACAUGACAUGGAGUCUGACCAGAAGGAAUAUGCCUUGUCUACACACAGUGAGAAGCUUGCAGUAGCAUAUGCACUCAUGAAGCUUCCCCCUGGAGCCAUGGUCAGGGUUUUCAAGAACCUUAGGAUUUGUGGAGACUGCCACAAUGCAUUCAAGUUUAUGUCGAAAGUGGUCAAAAGAAAGAUUGUUGUAAGAGAUGCAAAGAGGUUCCACCACUUUAGUGAUGGUAAAUGCUCAUGCAGUGAUUACUGGUAGUCAUAUUUUUAAAGGGAAAUGCAGUGAUUACUGGUAGUCAAAUUUUUAAUGGGAAAUCUGAGUUAGUUGUAAGCUGUGGGAAAAAUGAGUAUUGAAGAGUAUAUAUUCAAGCCUUGCAUUGCACUAGGUAUUGAACUUGAUACUUCAUUGAAAAAGAUUUAUACCAACAAAGAGGUAUUUGUCUGUUGUACAUUCUCAUAUCUAUCAGGAUUUACCUACACAUGUUCAAGUCUUACAUAUAAAUAAUCAGUGUUGAUUUCU